GGGCACUUCCUUUUCCAGGCAUCUGAUGCCAUAAUUACAUGCACAAACACACACACCAGCUGUAAAUACCGCGUUUCAGGAGGGACUAGAUCUAGCAACCAGGUCCCACCAUAGCCCAAACAACACGUCACCAACUCUCAGCAGCAAUGUCUGAUACGCAGCCACCACACGUGGUCGACCCCCUCGACGGCCAUCCCCACACCCACUCCAUCAUAUUCCUCCACGGCCGCGACAGCAUCAACAACGAGUUCGCCGACGAGCUCUUCGAAAGCGAGGCCUCAGAGCCAGCAGGCCAGCCGCGCACCCUGCGCGACCUGUUCCCCACCAUCCGGUGGGUAUUUCCAGCCGCACCCACCCUCCACUCUGCGCGCUUCGACACCGACAUGUCGCAGUGGUUCGACAUCUGGUCCGUCGAGGAGCCCGCUAAGGAGGGCCAUAUCCAGCACGAGGGUCUGCGCACCAGCGCCGCUGCGGUCCUAGACGUUGUGCGAGGCGAGGAGGCCCGCGUGCAGGGGGGCCGGCAGCGAAUCUUUGUGGCUGGGAUCAGCCAGGGGUUUGCCACUGUGGUCGCGGCUUCGUUACUUGCUGCCAUGGAUGGUCAGGAGGGAUUUGCAGGACUGGUUGGACUUAGCAGUUGGAUGCCUCUCGGCACGAAGGACGAGCUGGUGCGUGUUCUCGCUGGUGAUGGAACCGCGGUGUUAGAUAGUAUGCCAAACACCCCGGUUUUCCUGGGUCAUUCCAAGGAUGAUGAGAUUGUACCCGUGCAGAACGGUAGGGCUUUGCGUGAUAUACUCAAUGCACACCAGGAAGUUGAGUGGCACGAGUAUGAGGAUGGAGGACAUUGGGUCAAUGAGCCGCAAGGGAUAGACGACAUUGCUGAUUUUCUGAGACGGCAUAUGUGA